UCAUCUGGCCAUGGCCUUCAGCAGUCGGCCGCGCAUGAGUGGGCUCUGUUUCAUCAUGGCGUAGGCCGCAGCAGCGUCCACUGAGUUGAUUGCGUCUUUGGCAAAGGAGAACUCUUUUCGGGGCUGUGAACCAACCACACACACAGACAGGACACACAUGGAUAGAUUUGGAUGCAUGUGAUUGACUGACCCACCGGCAUGACGUUGAGUGAAUAGUCACUCGGACCUGUCGCGGGCGGCCAAAAGUGACACACCUACACACACACACACGAGAACAGACCUCCGUUGAGACACGCCACUGUGUUGCUUGUGUCGGUCACACACCCAGAUGUUGCUUUGUGUGUCCUGGCAUGUCUCUCGUGCACAUCCGACGUGCGUCGUGCUCUUCCAGAUGACCUGCAUGACACAAAGAAAUGAACGGGAGAAAGAGACACAGGCAAGGAGCGAGUCAAAGGGAGACACGACUGCUGGUCACUUGCGGGAAACCGUCGAAGUCUGGCUGCAGAGACGUGAACUGGUUGGUGCGGAAAUUCCACGACUCGAACCCUUUGUCAUACCAGCUGUCGAUCACCAGCUCCUCCGUCGGUCCUUUCGUCGUCAGCACCAGCUCGCCAUACCGCCCUCGCUUGACGGCGCGGCACUCUUUCUCUUGCGCGAGGAAAGCCGCGUACUCGUCCGCCUCUCUGGCCAGGAAGUCGCUCCAGAACACCUCAGACACGCCGUGCUUGAGCCUGCAUUCACCAUAUGACGAGACACGACAAGUCAUAAUUCUCGUGUGUUUUGUUUGUUUUUGUCUGUCACCGCUUUGCAUUGAUUUCGAGCAGGAGUGCGCCUUUGCGGACGGAUGUGGCCUCGUGAUGGUCGGAGGUGCCGUGCACAUCAGCCAGCGACACCGCCAGCAGAGCAAUGACAGCCACAGCACGGAUCAU